AUGGCUGCCCCGGCGAAGCGCGCGCGGGUAAGCGACGCAUCCCCCCUCGCUGCGCCCUGCCCUGUCCCAAGAGCUGCCGCCCGCGUGCCCCUGCCGCUCCCGGCGGGGCCCAGCGGCCACGAGCCCGAGAGUGACGCAGUGGCCGGCUUCCUGCGCUGGUGCACGCGAGUGGGGCUGGAGCUGAGUCCCAAGGUGCUGGUGAGCCGGCAGGGCACGGUGGCCGGCUACGGCAUGGUGGCGCGGGAGAGCGUGCAGCCCGGGGAGCUGCUGUUCGCAGUGCCGCGGUCCGCGCUCCUGUCUCCCCACACCUGUUCCAUCAGCGACCUGCUCGAGCGAGAGCGAGGCGCGCUGCAGAGUCUGUCCGGGUGGGUGCCGCUGCUGCUGGCGCUGCUCCACGAGCUGCAGGCCCCCGCCUCACCCUGGAGCCCCUACUUCGCGCUCUGGCCAGAGCUGGGGCGAUUGGAGCAUCCCAUGUUUUGGCCGGAGGAAGAGCGGUUGCGCCUCCUAAAGGGUACAGGUGUCCCAGAGGCCGUGGAGAAGGAUUUGGUGAACAUCCGUAGCGAAUACUAUUCCAUCGUCCUGCCCUUCAUGGAGGCUCACUCCGAUCUCUUCAGCCCCACUGUUCGCUCCCUGGAGCUCUAUCGCCAGCUCGUGGCUCUUGUCAUGGCUUAUAGCUUUCAAGAACCGCUGGAGGAGGAGGAGGAUGAAAAGGAGCCCAACUCCCCGUUGAUGGUGCCCGCUGCAGACAUUCUAAACCACAUAGCCAAUCAUAAUGCCAACCUAGAGUACUCUGCAGAAGCUGAGGGAGGACCGAAGAUGUCAGGCCCAAACUCCCAGGAAUCUAUACACGCCACUUUGUUCUCCAGUGAAUAUCUCCGAAUGGUGGCUACUCAACCCAUUCUCAAAGGUCACGAAAUCUUCAACACAUAUGGGCAAAUGGCUAACUGGCAGCUGAUUCACAUGUAUGGUUUCGCCGAGCCCUACCCUAACAACACAGAUGACACAGCGGACAUUCAGAUGGUGGCAGUCCGCGAAGCUGCACUGCAGGGAACAGAGGAUGAAACCGAGAGGCUGCUCCUAUGUGAACGCUGGGAUUUCCUGUGCAAACAGGAGCUGGUAGGGGAAGAGGGAGCCUUUGUGAUAGGUCGUGAGGAGGUGCUGACUGAAGAGGAGCUAGCCACCACACUUAAGAUCAGUGCCAAAGCAGUGAGAGAUGCCCCGAAGACCAAGUUCAAAGCAAACACCAAAACUGCCAGCAGCAUAAACACUGUGACUGUGAAUAGUAGUGGAUCAGGACUGAAGCAUGACCUGCUGAGUCUUCAAGGUGAAUGAAGACGUGUUACGACAGACUGAAAUCACCCUCACGUUCUGGGGAUAAAACUGCGUACACAUCUGGUUGAUAAAGCAGGACCCCCUCCCCCAUAUAUAUACAAAUAGGCAUGGAGUAACAAAGACAUCAGGCCAUGGAUUUUUAGCGAGCAGAGCUUAUUUGGCACCUAAGCGGGGGAUUCUAAAUACUGACCACCGGGAGAAACAGCUCAACCAGGAGACGGACCACAGCGGUUGACACUGUACACAUACUACAGUCAUAGCAAGCUCUAGUCCCUCGUCUUAUACCUCACAUUUAGUAACGUGUUCCGUUCCCUGUCAAGUAGACCUUGAUGAACAAUGGUAAAGACAAACUUAUGAAACAAUGCAGUAUGACCCUCAGAUGUGGGCUAUCAAAAAGUACUUAUUUGACACAUUUUAUUAGUCAGGCAUACCAAAAUCUUUACUUACAGGGCAAGAUUGGAGGCCAUUUUCUUCACAUUUUAUAAUUAAGCAUUCCUUAUUGUAGCUUAAAGAAAAUUUCUAGAUUCUUGCAAUUCUAUCUAUGGCAAAGUCCAGAGAAUGUGAUGGUGCAAAUGGCCAGCUUCACUCACCCUCGGUAUCUAGGUCCACAGCCAGAUUCUGGAAGAUGUCCAUGUGUGCUGAGUGGGUGAUGGUGCUCAUUGAAGGCGUGCUGCCCUUGUUGUGGAUGUGCGCGAUGGCCUGAGUCCCUACAUAGAGCACCAAUGCAUUGAUAAGCUGGAGGUUGUAGCGAUUCCCAGGUUCAUUAGAUACCUAAAUGGGAAAAGAAAUUUACCAUACAGCUAUGAAAAAUACUUAAUAUUUCAUUAAUUUUUUUUUCCAGAGACAGGAUCUCACAGUGUAGCUCUGGCUAGAUUCAAACACAGAGAUCCACCUGCCUCUGCUUCCCCAGUGCUGGGAUUAAAGGAAGGUAUGUGCCACUAUGCUUGGCAGC